UCCAACUCAGGUUUCCCCAUCAAACACCUAAAGCACUGGCCCAGCUGCUUCCUUCGCUAUUGCAGCCUCUCCAACUUGUAGACGUGAAGGCCGGAGGAAAGGCAGGCUUGUCCAAGUACCAUAUCCUCCCUCCUCUUACCAAAUGAUAGCUUCUCUUCUGGAGCCAUAAGCCUUUGCUUUUCUACCCACCCUGACAUCUCCCCUUCCCCUACUUCCUCCAGAUCCAACACCUGGGAGAAGCACCAUGCACACCCCUCGCCGGAAAUCCCCGCUCGGCCCGCCGCCGGAGUCGUCGGUCACGGUCGCAAAGCUCGCGGCAUCCUACGUCAGAAAAGGCGGCAACCUCCCGAUCUUCGUCGUCGUGGUGACGAUCUCCGUCUUCGCCUUGGUCAUGUACAGCGAGGACAUCAAGGCCAUCGCCGGCUACUCCUUGUCGCGGUACAAAACCCAGGAUGACGCCCCCGACGCCUUCUCCGGCGUCAACCUUCGCCAUCAGACGCAGCACGGUAGCAGCAAUCGCUCGACGCCUGGUCAACAGCCUCAGACCAAGAACGAGAAGCCCGGGAAGGGGCCGGGGCCGCCGGCCGGCGCCGAGAUGGCGGCCGUGAGCGUGCCGGACACGUGCGAUCUGUCGCGUGGCGAGUGGGUGUUCGACGACGUCAAUUAUCCGCUCUACCGGGAGGAUCAGUGCCAGUUCCUGUCGGAGCAGAUGUCGUGCUUGCGGAACGGCCGCCGGGAGGUCAUGUACCAGAAAUGGCGGUGGCAGCCCAAGGGCUGCUCCUUGCCCAAAUUUGAUCCGAGGCUGCUGCUGGAAAGGCUGCGGGGGAAGCGGAUGAUGUUCGUGGGCGAUUCGAUGAACCGAAACCAGUGGGAGUCCCUGGUGUGCCUCCUGCAGACCGUGACACCGCCGGAGAAGAGGAGCCGUCGGGUCGACGGCUCCCGCAGCAUCUUUACGGUAGAGGACUACGACGCGUCGAUCGAGUUCUACUGGGCGCCGUUCCUGGUGGAGUCGAACUCCGACGACCCCAACAUCCACACCAUCGACGUGAGGAUCAUCAAGGCCGAAUCGAUCGAGAAGCAUGCUGUGCAGUGGAAAGGGGCGGACGUGCUGGUGUUCAACACCUACAUCUGGUGGAUGAACAGUCGCAAGAUAAAAGUGUUGCGUCCGGGGGCCAAGAAUUGGACACACACCGAUGACGUCGAGCGAUGGGACGCGUACGAGACGGUUUUGAGGACCUUGUCCAAAUGGCUGGAUCGAAAUAUGGACCCCAACCGGUCGUCGGUGUUCUUCAUGAGCAUGUCUCCUCUUCACAUCAAGAGCUCGGACUGGGGUAAUCCGAACGGGAUCAAGUGUGCGAAGGAGACGCUGCCGAUAAAGAACAUGACCGGAGUCUCCGUCGGCACCGACAUGAACCUGUUCGCGUUGGCAAAGAAAGUGACGGGGUCGACGGCGCGGGUGCCGGUCACCUUCAUCGACAUCACGGCCAUGUCGGAGUACCGCAAGGACGCCCAUACCUCGGUGUACACGGUGCGGCAGGGGGCGCUGCUGACGCCGGAGCAGCAGGCGAAGCCGGCCGAGUUCGCCGACUGCAUCCACUGGUGCCUGCCCGGCCUGCCCGACACGUGGAACCAGGUCCUCUUCACCCGCCUCCUCUCCGCCCGCCCGCGCCACUGACAAUCGAGUCCUCCUCUUUCUCUCUAUCAUUUUGAUUUCUUUUCCAUCGCCGGAGAAAAAAAAUCCAAAAUUUUACUCGACGCGAAGCUCGACGACAAGAUAAGAUUCAACUGUUGUUGUUAGAAAAAGGGAAAUAUAUCAGGGGAGAGAAAUUAAUUA